UUCAUCAUCAGAAGAUAAUCAUUAGAGCUUGCGUCUGAAAAUUUUCUAAUUGCAUCAGCCAAUCAAUUCAAAGAUGUCGCUCAUUUCAAGUGUCCUUGGUAGUGGCCGCCGAAGCAACAUCUUCGAUCCCUUUUCUCUGGACAUCUGGGAUCCCUUUGAAGGAUUUCCCUUCACCACCCCUCUCGCCAACGUCCCCUCCUCGACUCGCGAGACCUCUGCCUUCACCAACGCACGCAUUGACUGGAAAGAGACUCCUGAAGCUCACGUCUUCAAGGCUGAUCUUCCGGGGUUGAAGAAAGAGGAGGUGAAGGUUGAGGUUGAAGAGGGCAGAGUGCUGCAAAUUAGAGGAGAAAGGAGUACGGAGCAAGAGGAAAAGAAAGACAAGUGGCAUCGGGUGGAGAGGAGCAGCGGCAAGUUCCUUCGUCGAUUCAGGUUGCCGGAGAAUGCAAAGAUGGAUGAAGUUAAAGCUAGCCUGGAGAAUGGUGUGCUAACCGUGACUGUCCCAAAAGAAGAGGUGAAGAAGGCUGAGGUGAAGGCCAUCGAGAUCUCUGGCUAAAGCCUUGAGUUGAAUUUUAGUUUUGGUGUUCUGCGUUUUCGGUGGGUUCAUCAAUAAUGUAUGAAAAUGAUGCUUUCUUGCUUGUAAUGUGUAUGUAUAUGAUCCAGCCAUAAAUGGAAUCCUAAUGUACGUUUUCUUUCAAUAAUAAACAACAUUUUAAAAUAUUAAUGCAUAA